AAAUAAACCUGUUUCAUACCUAAAAUAACAAGGCUAUACCAUUCUACAGUGUAAAUCAAACUUAGGAUUUGAUAUUUCCAUCCCUACGUGAUGAAGUAUUUGAAAUAGAAAAAGUAUUUUAAUAAUGAUUUUCCUUUAUAUCUUCAUUCCAUUUUCAACAAGAAAAUCAGUACUUCGUUUCUUAUCGGAAUGAUGAAUGAGGAAAUUGCUCCAACCAAAAUAGGAGUAAUUGCAAAACCAACAAACUUCACAGCUUCUUCAACCCAGGCGCAACAUGUAACUGUGGCUACUGAGAAUUAUGAGAUAACAUGUUGGGGUUGUGGACUGCGUCUUUUGCUUCCAUCUCAUGCACCAGUUUUCAAAUGUGGCUGGUGUGGGGCCAUUACAGAUCAGAGCAAACAGAAUUGUGACAAGCAGGGCCAUAGAUGGAGACUACUGCGUGAUCGAUGCAUUCUUACUAUGGUCUUCAUGUUUAUGCUUUUUCUAAUAUUCGGCGGGGUGUGGGCAAUUUAUCCCGUCAUAUAUUCUUUCAGUCUUUUUGGGAUUUUCCACUCUAUCAUUACAGUGGCCUUGGCCAUAGCUACCAUUUCCUCUUUCAGCCUUUCAGCCUUUCGUUGUGCCGGCACACCACCAAACUUAGUGUGGGGAAGCUACCCCACUGUAGGGAAUGGUGACCUUGAAAAUUAUACCUUCUGUCACUACUGCUCAAAACCGAAGUCGCCCAGAACUCAUCACUGUCGCUCGUGUGGAAAAUGUAUACUGGAUAUGGAUCACCACUGCCCAUUUAUCGGGAACUGUGUCGGCGCCUCUAAUCACCGCAGCUUCAUCGCCUUCCUUAUAUCAGGAUUGUUCAGCACCAUCUAUAUUUCUUUAGUGUCUGCACACGCUGGCUUGCAUAUGUGGCCACCAUUGACAUAUUCCAUCGGACGCAUACACGGGACCACUAAUGAAAUUCUAGCUUGGAGAAUUGUGAAAGAAACUUUUUUCGCCUUCCUGAGAUCUGUGCUGCUUCUAUCCACCAGAGGGUUUAUUCUUGUUUAUCUAUUUAGUGCAAGUAUUUCAAUGAUGUUAGGGUUGAGUGUUCUUCUAUGGCAGCAGCUACGAUUUAUUUACGAGGGGGAAACUUACUUGAGUCACCUAAGUUCGCAAGCGUAUAAUGGAGACGGAAAGAAGGACUGUCAAAAUCUUGUUAGGUUUUUUGGUUUUCCGUACUCUGUACAACGGUUUUUGCCCAGGUUCCUUGUUACUCAUAAGAGACACAUAAAGGGAAAUACACAUGAUCUGUGAUCAAAGAGUUUCUUAUCUUUCUUUUCUAUUUCACAAUUUUGUAUCAAAGUAAUUUCUUGAGUAUAUCCGAAAGGUAUAUGUUAGUUAAUUAUUAAAUUAGGGAGCGUUUUUUCCUUGAAUAUACAUGAAAUCAAAUUGAGUCAUGUAUUUUAUAGGUUAAAAAGUGAGGUUUUAUAAUUUGAUGAAGAAACUGAGCAACAUUGAUGAUAAUGUAUUGUGUCAAAUGGAGUCUCUUUACAUGUA